CCGUCACCCUCCCUUCCCCUCCUUUAUGUCAACCGGUGCAUGUGUGGAAAAUUGUAACACGUGUUUUAAAUUGUGAAAAAGCUAAUUUCAGCACCAAUCCCAGUAAAAACGGCGUAGUUAUCAAGUGCUUUUGUCAUUUAAAUUACCCUCGAAGCAAAAUCAUCCAAACAAAAUGACUGAGAAAGAAGUUGCGACGGAGACCAAUGGCCAGGAGAAAAACGAGAAUAAUACUGGAGAUGAAACUGAACUGGAAAGUGCGAUUAUUCGCCAGGUGGAAUACUAUUUCGGCGACAUGAACUUAGGCCGUGAUAAGUACCUACGUGAACAAGUCAAUCUAGAUGACGGCUGGGUUCCACUGGACAUUCUCAUCAAGUUCAAUCGCCUUGCCAAGCUGUCUACGGACACAGAAGUUAUUGCUAAAGCUUUAAACAAGUCUACUUCUGGUCUGCUUGAGGUUUCUGAAGACCUGAAGAAGGUAAGACGCAGUGCAGAGAUGCCACUUCCAGAGAUGAACGAAGAGCGUCGCAAGGAACUCCUCUCUCGCACUAUAUAUGCUAAAGGGUUCGCCAAGGAUGCCCAGUUGGAUGAUCUGCUGAAGUUUUUCAACGAACAGGGUGAAGUGGAAAACCUUAUCAUGAGACGUUACCUUGACAGGGCAACCAAGAACAGGCUGUUCAAGGGAUCUGUAUUUGUUACAUUCAAAACUAAAGAAGAGGCUGAAAAAUUCAUAGACAAAAAAGAUAUCAAGUAUGGUGAGACUGAACUGCUCAUUCUCUGGCAAGAAGAUUACUUGAAGAAGAAGCAUGAUGAAUAUGCCGAGAAGAAGGAGCAACGUGAGAAGAAGAUUAAGGAGAAAGAAGCUACUGCUAAACAGGAAGCAAAGGAUGAACUGAAACUGCCCACAGGAACCGUGUUCCACUUCAGCGAGAAUGAUGACACCAUGAAACGUGAACAUGUCAAAGAGGCACUCGCACCCUUUGGUGCCGAAGUAGCGUACAUAGACUUCAAACAGGGUGACAAAGAAGGGUGGGUGCGUUAUUCUAAAGAGAACCAGGCAGUAGAAGUAAAUAAGAAGCUCACAGACGGCAAGCUCAAAAUUGGGGAGACCGAAGUCGUAUUCAAACUUCUAGAAGGCGAAGAAGAGAAAGCAUACCUAGAUAAGACUGUAGAAGAGAUGGUAAAGAGACGUAAAAACCAGAAGACUUACAGUAAGAAUAGAAACUUCAAAGGCAAGCAGGGAGGAAGGAAGAGGAAGCAAGAUCAUCACGGUGAUGCCCCAUCAGCUAAAGUGAAAGCGGAAAGCUAGUGUAGUUUCCUAAAGUUAUUUCUCUAAAAGAGACUUAGAGGACAUUCGUAAAAGUGAAUAAGCUGAUUGUUAAACAAAGUUGAUUUAUAGUAACAGGAUUGCAAUAUGAUUAGCAUGCCUUACAUAUUAUAUGCCAAAAUUGGUAUAUAACUACUGUAACUACACCAU